UCUGUCCAUUGAGAAUUAAAAAAAAAUAAAAAUAAAAAAAUAAAAACCCAGGUGAAGGCUGAAGCAGAUAAAAUCGCAUUUUUGCUUUGCCCGCCCAAACGCGUCCUCAAGCCCCAAAUUCAAAUUUGAGUUUUUGGUGAUCUACUCCGCAUAGAUAUUACAUUCAAAGUCUAGACAACGUUUGGCAAUUCUCUUUAAUAAAGUUUAAACCCCCUCUUCUAUUUAUUAAAUCCAUCGAAACCCGAUUUAUUCGAUCCGAAAAUGGCCAACUACGAUUCCUCCACUCCUCCUCUUCCUGCCCUUGCUCCUAAGAGGGAGAAUAUUACUCCGAUUGGUUCGAAGAUCGCGGAAUUAAAUGAAUCAAGAACAGAGCUUCUCAGUAGAAUUCAAGGCUUAAAACUGGAUUUGCAAAAUUGGAGAUCAAAGUUAGACACCCAAGUAAAAAUAUAUCGUGAGGAGUUGUCAGAACUGAAGAAAUCAUUGAAUGUUGAGGUGGAGCAACUUCGAUCAGAAUUUCAAGAGCUUAGGAAUACACUCCAGCAGCAACAAGAAGACGUUACUACUAGCCUGAAGAAUUUGGGGCUUCAGGAUAGCCCAGGAAAUGCUGAAGAGGUCCAAGAUCCCAAGGUUGAAGAAAAAGAUGAGGAAAUACAUGCUUCAACUGAGGAGGAUAUUGGUUGUCUUCCAGACUCUCUCUCUAUGAAGAAUUAUAUUUUAAAAUUCCCAUCAAGAUUUUGGUUUUUGAGUAUCCUGGGCAAUGUGGUGUAUGACUGAUGUUGAGUAGGUAAUAUAGGGACGACUCAGAGUUUCAUCCUGAUAUGCUACUACCCUCCUGAGGCUCUAUUGCAGAUGCGUGCUCUUGGUAAAUGAGAAAAUCAUGGAGGGUAUUCUAUUGGGUGCUGAGUGAUCACUUUUGACUGCCUCACAUCUGAAAUUGCUAGACUGCCACUUGAUUAAUUGAUUUGGCCCUUGGAUUAAUAUCUAAGUAGAGACGAUCAUCCUUGCGUCAUUAAGGAGGUCCAUUAUUAGAUUAUCUGUGAUUAGCCUCUUAAAAUGGGCUUUGUGUGCAAUUGAAUUGUAUUUUGUUAUUUGUAAUUGGCACUGCUUCGCUCUGUGUUGUUAGAUUUAUUUAUUUUUAAUUAACUGAA